ACAUUCAACUUCUCGGUCAAAUGUCGCGUCAUAAACAAGAACAAGAAGAGAUUCCAGGGUGUGGUGCCCAACAAAAUCAUCAUCAUCAUCUUGGAAUUCCUGGUCUGGGCCUUUUGUUGAGAGAAACGUUUGAUGAUCUUUUACGUUUUCAUGGUAGUAAGAAGAAAAUCAAAUAUAAACAUACCGACAUAAACUUACGAGAAACAUGGAUGUUCUUAUACGGAUACAAGAAACACGAAGUAUGA